AUGGGCAACGUUAUAGGUGUAGACUGCAGUUACGCAUCAAAGAAUCUAAUAGACCGAAUCUUCAUCACUGUUGGCUGUGACUCCGAUGAAGAAUGCAGGCAUGCCGACGAAUUUGUAGCCAGGAACAGCUUUGUUUCCCUUCAUAUUGCAGACAACAAGGUUGCUAGGAGUGACUCUCGAGAAUACCGCUUCCUAUCGGUUCCCGCCACUCACGCAGAUGCUACGGCACAUUUGGCAUCGCGCUAUCGAAGAAAUAUAAGAAGGGUGACCAUAUGCGGCAAUGUCUCCGCAUCACUGCUGCAUACGUUGGAGUCACUUUUUCCGGAUGCAAUCAUUACUGAACGUGAGCACGAAGCAUGUUUACACUUUGGAGCGUCGCUUUUUGUUUCAUCUCCUGGGGGCGUCGUAGCGGUGAACGGUGAUCCACCAUCGCCGAAGCCUUUCGACAUAACCGCAACGAAUGGGCAUAUGCAUGCCGCAGUUCACUCCGGAGCGUCAUACAAAAUCAUCCCAUCAAAGGACUCACACAAGAACCAUGUUUGGCAUUCCGUUAUCGGGUUCUCGGCAGUGACGCAUUUGUACAACAUGUUUAUCUCUCGCUACGGCCUCAGCGAGAAUUCUGUGCGCACUGAAAUGACUGAGAUUGCUGAAUUAGCCGUACACGGAACUAGCAACUCAUGUGACAUGCUAGUACGCAACGCUUAUGGUGGUGGCUGUGCUGAUAUCGGCCUCUCUGGGGACACGUUGGCUGCGUCCUUCGGCAUGCUCCACAAAGAUCCAAGCCUAUGGGAAUGCGCCAACGAGGAUGGGUCAGAGUGUAUGCACGUUGGUUCAGAUGGUGAUGAGACGGAUGAUGGACAAUCGAACGGCUCUGGUGUGCGAGCAGAUACAGCGCCGUCGGAAUGCUGUGCUCUUCCCGUGGCAUCUGAGGUCACGAACAAGCCGUUGUCACCUUAUCCGAGACAUGUUCCUAAGAAGGAAGAUGUCGCUCAUAGUCUGGUCAAGAUGCUAAUUAUCAGUGUUACGAACCACGCCAUUCUGCAUGCCCAACUAAAUGGAAUUGAUACGGUGAUAUUUUCCGGCAUUAUUUUCGAAAACGAUUCGCUGUGCGGAUUAGCAAAGCCAUACGUGGACCGCUGGUCGAAGGGAUCCAUGGAGAUGCUUGUGUGUCGUAAUUCGACAUUUUUAGCAUCUACCGGUGCAGUUGAGUUGUCAGAUGCGCUGGAUAGUUGA